AGCAGUGCGGUGCGUACGGUGAGCUGUCAAUAGACGUUUGGUGGUUACAGUGGUUGUGAUACCUUUCGUGCUUGUCGAUCCCGUCCGGGACCGGUUCAUAACCCGUCCGGGAACAUUGACGGUGCGUCCGUGUAACGUUCCAGAUACCCGGUACGGUAAAGUGCCGCGCAAAUACUCGCCCAAGCCCAAGCACUGUCCCGCGUCAAUCAAAACCAACUAAACAUUGUCAUCUGCGUGAUCAACCGCCACCUCAUCUUGUGGUUUGCAGCAUGAACGAGUGGAACGAGCUGCUGAAGGCGGAACUGUUGCCACCGUCCGGCAGCUACCGGGCGGAUGUGGACGGAGCGAGCGGCAUGAAGUGUGGCCUGCUGCGGUCAGCUGUUGCUUCCUCCUUCGCACAGCCACUGGACGAUCACGGGCUCUAUCAUCGGCACCCGCAGAAGGGCAUUGCCAACCCACCGGUAUUGGAGGAUGCCACGGAAAAGCACGGUUCAUCCUCGGAACUGACACCAGUCGGAUGGCGUGAGAAGGUAGUUGCCUACGAUGACGCACCGGAGCAUUUGCGGUUCAACCCAUUCAUCCGUACCGGCUACCGUACCUAUCUGUCCGCGCGCCUAUGCCUGGAGAGUAUGUUCUGGUGGACGAACGAGACGGUCAACAUCUGGAGUCACAUACUCGGACUGUGCGUGUUCCUGAUACUCGCGUACUACGAUACCGCCAUGCUGCAGAUACAGGCCACCACGGUCGACAAGGUGAUCGUCGGUAUGCUGCUGCUCAGCUUCCAGCUCUGUAUGAUCUUCUCGUCGAUCUAUCACACGUUCUCGUGCCACUCGGCGGACAGCUACGACCGGUUGCUCGCGUUCGACCUGUUCGGCAUCGCCCUCUCACUGCUGGCCAUCUUCAUGAGCGGUAUCUACUACGCCUUCUGGUGCAAUCAGCCUUUGCGCGACUUCUACAUGAUCACGAUCGGGGUCAUCUUUGCCGCGGCCAUGGCCCUGCAGAUCCCACAGCUGAACGUGCACUCGAACGUGAAAAUGUUGGCCUUUGUUGCCUGGGCCGCGUACGGUGUCGUACCCACGCUGCACUGGUACUUCGUUAUGGGCGGGACCGAAAGUACGAUGGUGAAGAUCUUCAUUCCGCGCGUUGCCGUGAUGUACGCGUUGUCUGGCUUCGCCUUUUUGAUAUACGUUGCCAAAAUUCCGGAACGUUGGUGCAUCGGUUGGUUUGACUGCAUUGGACAUUCGCACAACUUGUGGCAUUUAAUCGUGCUGGCGGCAUUGUGCUACUGGCACAACAGCGGCAUGAAGUAUGUAGAGUUCCGGAUGACACAUGGAUGCUCCGCCGGCGUCCAGUACGCGUAGUGGAGCUGCAGCUGCUCGAUAUCCGUGUCUUGAUGCGCUUCGCGGACUGCGAGAGUGUAGUGAAGGCGCACACCAAACAGUACCGAUCUGGAAUGGGGCAAGCAGUACGGCAAUAUAGAAGAUGCUUUGCGGUGGCUAGCAUCUAACAUCUAGCAAGCGUAGGGAACCAUCGCAGUCAGACGGCAUUCCAGCAAUUCCAGCAGUGGAGAAGGCGCAGACCGACCGAGCUUUUAACCGACUAGGCUGCUCUAGAGGACGCUCUAGAGUGAUCGCAUCUAGUUCAACGAGCUAACCGAGGCUAUCCUACCUCUUCUCCACGGUGGCCGCGCCACACCUUGGCUUGCAGCACCACCAGUAGUUGCGCCACGUCCGAACGGUCCUCUAUUUCCCAGCAUCAAACGGGUUGCAUCACCUCACCGGGGCUUCGUGUAGCUGUUCAACCUCCUCCGAAGCACCGCUGCAAGGGGAGAAAAAAGGGAUGAAAACAUACAGGUGUGAAACGGAUAACGGGCAGGGUGUGAAUGAAGCCUACGCUCCAAUGGGAAACCCUUUCCAAAUAUGCGUCUGAAUGGAAAUUCGUGGUGGGAGCCGUAUUAAAUAGUGACGAGUAUAUCGGUAAAGUGUCUUCACGAUGGCGAAGACAUGUACUACGCACAGGCUCUACGGAGGCUCUAGGAUAUUUGUUGUUGUAGCCAACCCUUCUAGCGGACACUAGCAGAGACUGAGCAGAGGACAAUAAACAAUAAACAGAAGGAUCGUUGCCUUUCUGCGAAAGGCUAAGCAUGCAAAACCAUCUGCAUUCCAUCGUGCGGAACGUAUCACCAUGGAGACGUUGAAGAUGGGUGUACAAAAAAGCGAAAGUGAGACAGAAAAGCAGCAUCGUGAUAUGAGCGCAGUAAGAGCAUGUAAACCAAACGGAACGAAAUUUAAUAACUAAUUA